AUGUCGCACCCACGCAUAGAGGAGGUCGAGGACAGCGACCUCGAGGCGUCGGACCCCUCCGAGGGCGACAUUGACGACUUCACCGACAACGACAUUAUGCGCCGCGUCGAGCCCAAAUCCUCGGCCGCACCGGCAGCGGCGGCGGCCCGAGCCUCCCAGAUCAACCCCUCCAACAUCCCCUCAACCGCCGCCCCGCGCCCCGGCGCCCCGGGCUCCGAGUUCCAGACCACCAACGACCCGAAGCAGUACGCCGACUUCCAGUGCCUGUACCCGGUCUACUUUGACGCGCGCCGCACGCGCGCCGAGGGCCGCCGCGUGCCCAAGUCGCUGGCCGUCGAGAACCCCAUUGCGCGCGAGAUUGUCAACGCCUGCGCGUCGCUGCGGCUGCCGACGCUCUUCGAGCCCGCCAAGUUCCACCCCAAGGACUGGGCGAACCCGGGCCGCGUCAAGAUCCGCCUGCGCUUCGGCGGCGAGGCCGGCCAGGGCCGCGACGGCGGCAAGGCCGCGCCCGGCCCGCGGCCCUACGGCAUGCCCGAGGUCAAGAACAAGCACCACCUCUACCUCCUCGUCGCCAAGCACCUGCAGCAGAACCCGACGACCGAGGACAGCGCCGCCCUCAAGGCCCGCGUGCAGGGCGCCCCCGCCCCGGACCCGAGCAAGCCGUGGCCGCGGCCCGCCGUGCCGCGCGGCUGGAAGAUGGGCGACCUGCUGCCGUACAUCAGCCCCGCCAUGACGGGCGGCGGCGUCAGCGAGAACCUGUUCAAGGACAUGAUGAAGGAGAUGCAGGGCGGCGGGGACCCGAUGGCCGCCCUGAUGCAGCAGGCCGGCGGUGCUGGCGGCGGCGGCGGCGGCGGCGAGGAGAAGGCGGGUAAGAAGAAGAAGGGCAAGGGCAAGGCUUGA